AUGCCAACCGACUGCCAUGGACCCCAGACCCUCCAGAGUCAUCUCUGCGGAACAAAUCGUUCUCUCAGCGACAAGGUUAUCUUUGCAAAACAGCUUGCUACCUCAGUGAGCUAUCUCCAUGUCCUCAAUUAUGUUCACAAGGGUAUCCGGCCCGAAACUGCCCUGAUAUUACAAGCCGACGACUCGCGGAAUCUACACCUGUUCCUCGUAUGGUUCAAAACAUUCCGCACAGCAGAAGGCAAAACCAUGCGACUGGGGAAUUCCGACUGGGCAGAGAAUAUAUAUCAACACCCCGAGCGACAAGGAAACAACCCCAUUGCAGAUUACACCAUGCAACAUGAUAUCUACAGUCUUGUUGUCUGUCUCUUGGAUAUUGGACUGUGGGAACCAUUCAUCACCGGUGAAGGCCACAUCAAUAUUCCCACCGUUUACACGAAAAUUGACAUAUCGACUUUUGCAAGAAAUGGGGCUAUUUUACUGAAUUGGCCCAAACCGACUUGCCUUCCCAAUAUGGCUGACAAAUAUGCUCAAGAUCUCGUUAACUGCCUGACCUGUAUGGACGAUGCCAAUGAGGACAUGGAGGAUUUGAGCCAAUUUGAGGACGAGGAUGGAAUUUUUAUUGGCGUCAAGUUUAUUAAGAAGGUAUGA